AUGAUACCAGCUGGAGCCACUCAUAUCAGAGUGACCGACAACAGCAGGAAUUAUCUGGCUCUGCAGAAUGGUCACUCCCAGUUUGUAAUCAAUGGUAACUGGAAAAUUAACGUUCCUGGUGAGUACAGUGUAGCUGGGACCAAGCUGCUGUACAAGCGCUCUGCAGACACCUGGGAAAGCUUUGAGGUGUCAGGACCCACACAAGAGGACCUACAUCUACUGGUUCUGGCAACAGACAGAAACUCUGGGAUCGAGUACGAAUACUGGCUUCCACCAGACCAGUACGCCCUCCACCAUGGGAGGAGGAGCCCACUGCGACAGGCUCCCCACUCUACCAGAUACUUCCCCCAGAACCAUCUAACAACUUCAACCACCCCCACCACUACCACCACCCGGCCUCCUCCUAACACCCCCAAACCACACUGGUUUUUAAAACUUUUAAAGAACCCACGGCAGCCUCUUCACCACAGUCACCAGCAGCCUCCUCGACAGCCCACGGCUCGUCUGGGGCGGCAGGAAAACCACAAAAACCUCCUCCCUCAGGCCUCACCUGGAAGACACUGUGGAAAAUGUCGGCGAGUUAAAGGUCGAAGGGAACGUCAGAAACAGUACUGCCUAAAGGACUUCGUGUUUCGGGCUAGAGUUUUUGGGAAGCUAUACAGAGGUGAGGAGACUCGAUACGAUGUCCAGAUCAUCCACACAUAUCGAAACCGCUUUCGCCUGGAGCAUCGGGAGUUCCUGUGGGUCCCAAAUCUGUGUGACUGCCCAAACCUGGAGGUAGGGAAACAGUACAUACUGAUGGUGCGGCGCCAUAUUAACUAUGAGAACACGUUAAACCGCAUCCUGCUGGAGGAGGACAGCUAUGUGGUGCCGUACCGACCCAGAGAGGAUGAGCUGCUGAGACCACUCGAAAGACUCUGUAGCAACAGAGGUCCCAAACAACCUGCAGAACUGAGAAGGAGGGACUAGUUUGUGUCCAGAAAUGAGGCGUAUACUAAUACUGAUUCACUUGGCAUGUUUCAUUAAUGAACCCUGAAGAUGAUGGCAUAAUGGAUUUCAGGUGUGGCGUCAUUGGCUGGUGGUAAAACUUGAUUGUUUGGAGUUUCAACCUCAUUUGAAACUGGCCACAUUAAAAAAAGACAUUCAAGUUUAUUUAGAACCAUGACAGACUUACUGUACCAAAUAGAGCACUUUAGGUGGACGCUUCUGCCCACUUUAAAAAAAACACCA